GCCACGUCUCCAGUCAAGUCACAGAGCCAGGUUUGCCCUAGCCCCCCCGCGCACCGGAUCGCCACCUCUUCCGCGGCCGCACAAACUGUCGAAACCACCACAAUUCCACAAAUUUGCCUCCCCUCUUUUUCCCCAGGCUAAACAACCCAUCCAGAGCCGGAGAACGUCAGAGGAAUCCAGAGGCACCCCCGAGUUUGUUGGCGAUGUUGCGCGCGGGAGGAAGCCGGCUCGUCGCGCCCGGACUCCGGCGCUUCCUCGGCCCGGGCGCCGGCGAGAGGGCCGCGCCGGGGCUGGCGGCGGCGGGGGCGAGGGCGUACCACGAGCGGGUGGUGGACCACUACAACAACCCGCGGAACGUGGGGUCCUUCGACAAGGACGACCCCAACGUCGGCACCGGGCUGGUCGGCGCGCCGGCCUGCGGCGACGUCAUGAAGCUGCAGAUCCGUGUCGACGAAGGCACCGGGAAGAUCGUCGACGCCUGCUUCAAGACCUUCGGCUGCGGCUCCGCAAUCGCGUCAUCCUCCGUCGCUACCGAAUGGGUGAAGGGAAAGCAAAUGGAGGAAGUAGUGAGUAUCAAGAACACUGAGAUUGCAAAGCACUUGUCACUUCCACCAGUAAAGCUCCAUUGCAGCAUGCUUGCUGAAGAUGCAAUUAAAGCUGCCGUGAAAGAUUAUGAAUCAAAGAAGGCGAAGCUGGGAGACAGCCCUGCGGAGAAGGCUGCCGAAGCAUGAACAUGUUCCCACCAUGAAGGAUGUUGAUCGUCUGUGAUGCAUCUGCUCCUAGUAAAGAUAUAUGCUUCUGUUUUAUGAGGGUGGGAAACGGUGUGCAAUGUCACAAACUCCAGUGUUGUAGCAUGUAUCAUAAGGACGAACACGAACAAUUUGGAAUAAACGUGCUGUCAUGUUAGGAGAAGUUGUGCAUGUAUAGCAGCUGCUAAGAAAAUUUGUGCAUGUAUAGCAACUGCUUGGAAGUCUUUAAGUACACUUUAUGUCAUUUGCCUGUUCCGAAAA